AUGAGUCUCUCCUCAGCCACCACCACCACGCUCUCCGUCCCCCCCAUCAUCAAGGACCUCGUCCGCCCCCAGUUUCACCAGAACAACUUCCAGGAGGAGGCGUACGUCAAGUCCGAGCUCGGUAUCAAGCUUGACAAAGAUGACCAAAUCUGCCGUCUCGCCCUGACGGCCACUGGAUGCCCCCUUGGACCGCUUCUGUGCCCCCUCAGACACACCACGCCUUCCACCGCCAACUUUCAGCCUCCCAAACAGCUACCGACCCACCCCCGUGAGCGAGAGCGUUUAGCAACAGUAUGCAAGCACUGGCUCCGCGGUCUAUGCAAGAAGGGCGAUGCGUGUGAGUUCUUGCACGAGUACAAUCUCAGGCGCAUGCCCGAGUGUUGGUGGUACGCCAAGUAUGGCUACUGCUCUGCUGGAGACGAAUGUCUCUACGCUCACCCAAAAGAACGUCGCAUUGAGUGUCCGGACUAUAAUCGGGGCUUCUGCCAGCUCGGUCCAACAUGCCCACGAAAACAUGUCCGCCGUGUUGCAUGUCAACUCUACCUGACCGGGUUCUGCCCUAUGGGCCCUGAUUGCGCCCGUGGACAUCCUAAGCCUGGGGUUCCCCUUCCGGAGGCAUAUGAACCGCCGCCGCAGCCGUCUAUUCGUGAUCUCGGGCCGCCGCCUCCAGGCUAUGGUAGGUAUGCAGAUUUCGACCGCGGUAAUCUCGGCCUCCACCCCCCGGGCGGAGGUGGCUCUGGUGGGCCUCCAGGUCCUCGCAGGAACAUUGAAGACGUUGUGUGCUUCAAGUGUGGAGAAAAGGGUCAUUACGCUAAUCACUGUAGAAAUCAGAUGCGGAAGCGGUAA